AGCUGAGUCGGGCCGGGCCGCGCCGCGCAGGAGCUCCGCACCCCGCGCCGCACCGUCCCCGGCCCCGGCGGGAACCGCCGCCGCCGCCGCCGCCCGGAAGAAACUGAAGUGAGAAAGACGUAACUGAAAAAGAACGAUUGGAAGGAACAGAUUCAUUUCUUAACAAGAUCAAGUUUGAAUUAAAUGGCUGAUAAACAGAUCAGUUUACCUGCCAAGCUGAUCAAUGGAGGGAUAGCUGGGCUGAUCGGGGUCACCUGUGUAUUUCCCAUUGACCUGGCAAAAACUCGCCUGCAGAACCAGCAAAAUGGCCAACGGAUGUACAGCAGCCUGUCUGACUGCCUCAUUAAAACGAUUCGGUCGGAAGGCUACUUUGGCAUGUACCGAGGGGCUGCAGUGAACCUGACUCUAGUGACACCAGAAAAGGCUAUCAAACUGGCAGCCAAUGACUUCUUCCGGCAUCACCUCUCCAAAGAUGGGAAAAAGCUGACACUGCUGAGGGAGAUGCUGGCAGGCUGUGGUGCAGGUACCUGCCAGGUAAUUGUCACCACUCCCAUGGAGAUGCUCAAAAUCCAGCUGCAGGACGCAGGACGCAUUGAGGCACAGAAGAAGCUCAUGGCGGCGCAGGCCCAGCUCUCCUCCUCCCCCGCGGCGGCGGCGGCCGAGCCGACUGUGGAAAGGCGCCCCACAGCGACUCAGAUAACCAGGGAGCUGCUGCGGAGCAAAGGCAUCGCGGGACUCUACAAGGGCCUGGGAGCCACGCUGCUAAGGGAUGUCCCCUUCUCCAUUGUUUACUUCCCACUGUUUGCAAACCUGAACAAGCUGGGCCAGAAGGAUCCCAAUGUCAAGGCUCCAUUCUACGUGUCCUUUCUCUCUGGAUGUGUGGCUGGCAGUACGGCUGCAGUGGCUGUCAAUCCUUGUGAUGUGAUCAAAACGCGGCUGCAGUCCUUGCAGAGAGGAGUCAAUGAGGACACCUACUCGGGGAUCCUGGACUGCACCAAGAAGAUCUGGCAGAGGGAAGGGCCCACGGCCUUCUUCAAAGGGGCCUACUGCCGAGCCCUGGUGAUCGCUCCUCUCUUCGGCAUUGCACAAGUCGUGUACUUCGUGGGCAUCGCGGAGUUCCUGCUGGACCUGCUCCCCAAGCGCCGGGCCUAGCCCUGCAAGGGCCGCCCGUGCCCCGCGCUCUGCAGCGCCGGAUCCAUCCCCGUGUUCGCCAUCCCUGUCCAUCCAUGUCACAGCAACAGCACAAAGGCUUCGGCAGGGCCGCCAAGGGACCUGGGGCCCACAUGGGCAGACUGGGGAGGGAGAGAGUCCCUUCCCUGCCGCCUCUGGAACCCGCCCCUCCCGCUCCUUCCACGGACAAUACUUAAUUAUUCCUCUCUCUCUCUCCCUCUCUCUCUCUCUCUCUCUCUCUUUUUAAUUUCCCACUUUUUGGUUUUAAAUUGUCAUUCUUAAGGACACUGGUAAGCACAGACUGGGCUUGCAGACCCAAAGUCUCCUCUCAGUCUUGGGGAGGAGGAGAGAUGGGAAAGAAAUAACUUCAAUCCUCAUCCACCUGAGUUUCCCUUUCUACCUGGAGCUGCCAGCCAUCUGAGGAGGAGCUGGAGGGGCAGCUGUGUCCCCUCAGCACCUCCUUGGCUCUGCUGACCUCGGGUCAAGAGUGAAUGCUGCACAAAGGGGGCUUAACUCAUUGCUGCUGGAGGCAGGGGUGGGGGGGAUGCUGGCUCUGGCAAGUUCCUUGGCCUGGAAACCUUCAGUCCUCCCUUCUCCCUUUUUAAAAACUAGUUGGACUUAAAUGAAUUCUGACUGUUCCUAUUCAUUUUGUAAUUAUUUUUGUUUUAAAGCAAAGGGAUGUCCCUCCUAACUAGGUGUCACAGGCACAUCUGGGUGAGGUGCAGAAAUAAGGUGUCUGCUCUGUAGGGAACAUGUCUGUGGGAUCACAUGAAUGUCCAAAGGUGCUUCCCUGCUUGGCUACAGGCACGGAAGAGGAACUUGGGAUCAAGUUAUUUUUGUUUCGUUUUUGUUUUGGGGUGGUUUGGUUUUGGUUUUUGGUUUUUUGGGGGUUUUUUUGUGGUUUUGGUUGGGGUUUUUUUUGUUUGUUUUUGUUUUGGUUUUUUGUUUUUGUUUGUUUGUUUUGUUUUGUUAGUUUGGGUUUUUUUGCAGGGUUGUUUUGUUUUGUGGGGAUUUUCUUUAGUUCUAUUUUGGGGUUUUUUGGGUUGUUUGUUUUUGUUUUUAGGUUUUUUCUCUUUGGGUUUUGUUUGUUGGGUUUUUUUUAUUCAGGGUUGUGGGGAGGAAAAACCAAACAAAAAGAAGCCACUUACAUUCCUUCAGUCUGCCCACCCCUAGAGUGAUAAAGGUGUGGCUGCAGGUAUAGAUCAGCUGAUCUGAUUUUUUCCCAGCCUGACCCCAGGUGUGUGGAAGGAGGCACUGGCUCCAGUUCUGGCACUGCCCAAGCUCAUGAAGCAGCAGUUAGAAAUGCUGCAUCUGUGGGCUCACCAAGCCAGGUGAGCACACAAGGUCUGGUUGUGCUCUGAUGUUUGCCUUGGGUGUGGCUGGAGCCCGUGGGUGUGGAAGAGGCAGAGGGUUGACAUUCUCUGAGCAGGGAGCUGUUUGUGUGUCCAUCACUGGAGGGGGUGAGUCCCGUGCAUCACAAGAACAUCCUGUUUGCUCCCUGCGUGGGGAUCAGGGGUGGGUGGCAGGGGACAAAUCCACACCUACAGCCUGCUCUGUCAAAGGGACACUGCCCCAGCUAAUAUCACUUGUCAGAGGAAUUCCCCAUUCAGUACUCUCUUGGGCUGUGUAAUUAAUCCUAGCUGAAAUGAUCAUAAGUGUGAGAUCUACCAACCCAGUGUGAUCUUCUCCGUUAUUUAUUCCAUUUGGUGCAAUCCACCCAACUUUGGUGUUGAAAUUAAACUGAUUGAAUUCACUUUUCAUUCCUUCUUUUUGCUUUAUUCUCCAGGCGCCUGCUUGGUGUUUGUGUUUUGAAUGUAUAUUUAAAUUAAUUUUUAAAAUAGCCUUGUUUUUAAUGUUUAAAAGAAAACCACCUCUGUUUCACUGUUCUUUGGUUAGGUUUUGUGAAAUGUGUAUGUUGGGGGCCUUCUUCCUUGAUGCAUCCUUUUUCUCUUUGAAAAAGUUGUUCUGUGGCUGAUUUGUUACUUGUCACUUCGCAUAUGUGAAUAAUUUUCUUUUUCUUUUUUUUUUUUUCUUAAUGACUUCUCCGUGUAUCUGGGAAGGAAUCUGUGCAAAGGCAAUGAUAGAUGUCUGUGCUGUGUGUAGUGCUGUGAUGCUACUCUUGCUCUGGAUUUCCCUUGGGUGGAUUAAAAGAGAAAGGUUUAUUUUA